AACUACGUCUAUGUCUGCCGUCGCCGUCAUGUCGCCGUCUCUCUCAUCAAAUUUUUCUUUAAACUAGUGAUGCCCGUGUUAUCUGGUUGUGAGCCGAUUCGUGCAAAGAGUUUGUUAAGAGCAAACUUAGAGAAAGGUAGUGUCUUCAUCCAGAGCAGAAUGCCUAACAUAAAAGUCUUCAGCGGGUCAUCUCAUGUCGACCUGGCCCAGAGGAUUGUGGACAGACUCGGCAUCGAUUUGGGCAAAGUGGUCACGAAGAAAUUCAGCAACUUGGAAACAUGUGUCGAGAUCGGAGAAUCCGUUCGCGGCGAAGACGUCUACAUCGUGCAGAGCGGCAGCGGCGAGAUCAACGACAACCUGAUGGAGCUCCUCAUCAUGAUAAACGCCUGCAAAAUAGCGUCGGCUUCGCGAGUGACGGCCGUCAUACCGUGCUUUCCCUACGCUAGGCAAGAUAAAAAGGAUAAGACGGGCAGUGACAGUGGAAACAAGGUCAUCACUGAUAUGAUCAAAAGGUCCAAUGAAUGGAAAUUUAGGGAUUUCCCUUGGAAAUUAUCAUCAACUCGCGCCCCGAUAUCCGCCAAACUCGUAGCCAACAUGCUAUCGGUGGCAGGCGCCGAUCACAUAAUUACGAUGGAUUUGCACGCCUCUCAGAUUCAGGGAUUCUUCGACAUACCCGUCGACAAUUUGUAUGCCGAACCUGCUGUUCUGAAGUGGAUCAAGGAGAACAUUGCCGAGUGGAGGAAUAGUAUUAUUGUGUCGCCAGAUGCCGGUGGAGCCAAGAGAGUCACCUCAAUAGCUGACAGAUUGAACGUAGAGUUUGCUCUCAUCCACAAAGAGAGGAAAAAGGCCAACGAAGUGGCAUCCAUGGUGUUAGUUGGAGACGUCAAGGAUCGUGUUGCAAUUCUGGUCGAUGAUAUGGCUGACACCUGUGGCACAAUAUGUCACGCAGCUGAAAAACUCACAGAAGCUGGGGCCACCAAAGUCUAUGCCAUCCUGACACACGGAAUAUUCUCCGGACCUGCCAUAUCUCGUAUAAACAAUGCUUGCUUCGAAGCAGUCGUAGUAACAAAUACCAUUCCACAAGACGGACACAUGAAAGACUGUCCUAGGAUACAGUGUAUCGAUGUGUCCAUGAUGUUUGCCGAAGCUGUAAGACGAACACACAAUGGCGAAUCGGUAUCGUACCUAUUCUCCAACGUGCCAUAUUAAUUAUAAACAAACAAACAAACAAAUAUAUAUAUAUAAAUAAAUAAUAAUUGACAAAUGCAUAUCUCAAAUAUGUGAAGAUAUUUGAUUUAUAAAAAGGCACCUCCUAGUUUAUAAAAUUAAUUAAUAGCAAAUUAAUUGAUUAAAUAUUUUAUAAGGAUCGUCGUCGUCAGGGAUUGAUUGAUAGAUUAUCAAAAAAAGCAUAUAUUAUUUUU